AUGUCUACCGUCCCCCGACAGACCCUCACAAUCCCCAACGAGAUGAUCCCAUACCUCUCGGACCACCUCAACUUGGACAACAUCAUCCGCUGCCCGGUAAUUGUACGCAAGGACUCUCACCAUCUUCACUUCCACACUCCGCGGAUUCGUGUGCCGGAAACGCACCCAUUUGGUCCAAUUCCGCCUCCCGAUACCCCAUGUUGGCUUAUCCUUCCGAGCAAGUUAGAGCCGGCCGAGUAUCAGGAGAGCCGCGUCAUCGUGCUUGUACAACACAUUCAGUCGCCGGCGAUCCUUAGCCUCGCUGUACCAUACGAGUACUUUGCAGGUGACAUGAGUUCCUGGUGGGCGCAAGUGGUUUGGAAUGUGGUCAGCAGAGUCAAGAUCCUGCGGAAACCAGAUAACGAAGACUAUCUUCCAGGCGAGCCGCACUGUGUCUCCCUCGACCCUAUCACAAAUGAUUGGGAGAUCAAUGACGAGGUUCAGGCCACGUAUAGUCCUGUAUAG